CCAACCAAACAAGACGGUGGAGAACUCUUGGUAUAAGGAGUUAAGGACCUAACAAGUGGGAGUUCUUUUGGAUGAAAACUUAAAGUCUGGAGAAGUGGGACUUGAUGUAAAAGAUGUCAUUGCUCAAUACUAGUGUCAAAGCUACUAUACUAGUGUAACAGCAAAAAGAGUAGCAUGCUUCCACUGGGGAUCGAACCCUAGGUUCCUAGGCGGACGGUCUACCACUUAGCUAAAGGUAUUGUUGUAACAGGAACACCAAACAAGACCUGACCUUCACAUGGCCAAAGCUCCAGUGUUAAGUGAAUUAUUGUGAAGGGAGGCUAUAAGAACACCCAAGAUGAUUAAAGCUGUCGGUUACUAUGGUUCCCUGUGGCUGGUGGCUGACUUUGUGGAGCAGAAGAUCGUUUGUAAGAAGGUGGUGUAUGACCCUUACAAGGCUGCACGCUCUGUGACCGUUGGGGGCGGAGUAGUGGCCCCUCUCGUGUAUACCUGGAUGAAGGUUGGCGAGAAAAUACUGCCAGGGAGGUCACUUCGCACAGCGUUGAUGAAAGUCUGCAUUGACGCAUUUGUCUUCGGUCCUGUUGCUAUUUCAUCAUUUUAUAUGUCAUCAUCUCUGUUAGAAGGGAAGAGUUGGCAGGGAUCUGUGGAGGAGUGGAAAAAGAAACUAGCGCCAACAAUAAAGAGAGCAUGGUGUCUAUGGCCUGGUGUACAGCUGCUCAACUUCAUGUUUGUACCGCCGACCAGGAGAGUGUAUUUUGUGGGGACUGUAUCGUUGUUCUGGUCCGUGUUCUUGUUAUAUAUGAAGGAUGAUGCUGUUAAACAUGGAGCCAGGACAGGAUUAGAUGAAUCGUAGAUGUCCCAACUCUAUACACGAAAGUCCUGUGUCCAGCUAUGGUAUAUAUUUCUAUAGCUAAAUCACUGGUGAUGACGUCAUUGUGAUAUUCUAGAUCUCUGCUUCUUCUGUCUACAGCUUCACAGUAAAUCCUGACUUUACCAACAUCAAAACCAAGUGUAUUGUUUGGUCAGAUAUGACAAUGAAGUCAGGGAAAACAGAUAAGUCAUUGUUCUGGGACCAUUACAUCAGGUGUUGACAAAGUCAGGUAUCGCUGUACCAUUGUAUUAACCUCUGUGCAGUGUUAUAAUUGUUGUUUAGUAUUACUGUAGCCUGUCCUUAUUGCAGUAUAACCACUUGUACAUCAUACAUGUCUAUAUUAUAUCCAAGCUGGUAGGGAUCAUGUGACCACUUGUACAUCAUACAUGUCUAUAUUAUAUCCAAGCUGGUAGGGAUCAUGUGACCACUUGUACAUCAUACAUGUCUAUAUUAUAUCCAAGCUGGUAGGGAUCAUGUGACCACUUGUACAUCAUACAUGUCUAUAUUAUAUCCAAGCUGGUAGGGAUCAUGUGACCACUUGUACAUCAUACAUGUCUAUAUUAUAUCCAAGCUGGUAGGGAUCAUGUGACCACUUGUACAUCAUACAUGUCUAUAUUAUAUCCAAGCUGGUAGGGAUCAUGUGAUAUCCAGUAACAGUGCCAAUAGACGUUAUAUAUUAUUUUUAAUUGUUUAUUUAUUUGGAUUUUUAAUUUCUAUGCAAAAUAGUUAAAUACAAGAACCCGUGUUUACAUGUAUAUUAAAAUGGUUGUGACCUAGAAUAUACUGCUGUGAGUACAGAACAUUCUAAUUACAUACUACUAACUAGGAUGUUAACACAGCUAUCUAACAUAUCCAACUAGCACUACAAUGUCGCUAAAUGGAUAUGGAGAAAUUUUUAAAUCAUCUUUUUUAAUUAUUAAAUAUUUACUCCUUUUGUUUGGGGUAACAAAAACUUUUAAAAUUAACAAAACUAUUUUAAUUAUGAAAUAAUAAGACAACAGAGUUUAUUUGUAUAACUCCUUUUGUUCACAACUACAUUUUUCAUUUGUUUCGUCAUUGUCACUAUGGGACAGGUCAGAGAAUUAAUGCUAUCAUACAUGUACACACUAUACAAGAGAGUAUCCCGAUUCUAAUCAGGUAUAUAACAUUAUAUAACCAUCGUUUUUUAAUUUGGUAUGCAUAUUAUUCUUCAUUAAAAUGACACUAAGCUCAAAGUAAAGGGUACCAAGUAUCAAGUUGGAAUGAUUUAUUGUCAUAGUCACAGCAAUAUCUCUACAGAAUUGUUCAAUAGAAGUUACAUCUUGUGAUGCAUUUUACAGAAUUAUAAUUGUUAGAAACGUGAGUAUUUGGAAAUGAAUAUACAAAUGAAAGGGGAAAAACUGCAGGGGUCAAACUCCAGACCUAUCAACACCUUACCAAUGUGGCUAUCUAGGAAUUAUAAAUGCACAGAAUCAAAAUGAGGGAUGAAUAGCUUGACAAGGGAUAUAACUCUAAACACAGUAAAAGUCAUUUUUGUUGCUUCAUAUUCAAUAUAAAAAAGAGAUUAUUCAAAAUUGACAAAACAAGGUCUAAAGCGGAACUCUUUUUCCUAACUAUAAUUGGUGUAGUGGUACCCUUUGCCUUAACAUGUAGAAUGAUAUGAUAAAUUAACAUGUAGAAUGGUAGAAUGAUAUAAUAAAUUUAUAUCAUCUCUCAGUCAUAAUUGAUUAUUGUUUUAAUGGUCAUUUUGCAGACAUGUAACCAGAGGUGCAAUGACAUUUUAAUCAGAACUGUAAAGAGAGUCUUUAUUUCUCUUUUGUUGUUAAAAUCAUAAUAAUGUGAUAGAGUUACCGUAAUUAGAAUGGCAAGUGCUUUUUGCAAUGAUUACAGAUAUUACGUUGUGUAGGAGAAACACAUACAAAAAGUGAUGAUAAACUGUAAUUAUAAGCUGUCAAAAAGUGCUGAAUAUUUUCAAAUAAUUUCCUAGUUGAUGUUGUAUUUUACAUACCAUGUUGUAUAUUACAUACCAUGUUGUAUAUUACAUACCAUGUUGUAUAUUAAAUGGCUGGGACAUUAUCACAUAUGUGUGUAACAGUGUGUUUUGAUGGUGAUAGAAAACAAUACGCCAGUAAACUGUUUUAAUUUGUUUUACCGGUGAGUUUAUACGCUGAAGGUUGAAUGGUGAGUAGUGUUGUACUAGUAUUUGCUACAUUGAAAUUAUAGCCCUUUCACCACUGUAGACCAUAAUGGAUUCAUCCAUAUCAAUGCAUCGUAGAUUCUAAUUAAGUUACAUAGGGGUGAAAGGGUGAAACUUAUGUCGUUAAUACACUAUUUGAUAUUUUUACAGUAUGAUAGUAUGAGGCAGAAAAACACAGGGUUAUUAUGUGUAUUUAAUAGGUGUUAAAUUUUUACCUGUAAUAUUAGUUAUACAAAAACAAUUGUACAUCUCUAUAUAGUUAAGAGUUUGGCGAUACAUGUACAUGUACGUGAAAACGAGCUGGUGUAACCAGAUGAAUGAUCGUUAAGUAUUGUUGUCCUGGAAGGUAUAGAAGUUUGGUAAAGCUUUCAAUACUACGCUGUCUGCCCCCCAAACGCUCAUGUUAUAAAGAGGAAUAUUAGUGAAAUGUUAGGGGCCUCAUCUUCUACCACAUGGCCUACCAAUACAUUUCUAUUGUAGUCCAAUGUAUGGAUAGGCUAGUGUAAACGUUUCAAUAUUUUUAUGUUUUGAUGUUGACAGAUAUUGCUGUAUUUAUAAUCAGACUCAGGCAAAUAACAGUAGAUCUAUUAUUCUGUAUAGUUUACAUUGAUUUCAUAUAUUUGUUAACCAACAUAUGCUCUCAUUUUUAAUGUGUGCAGAAAAUGUAAGGUAUAAUUUUUAAAGCGACAUUUCUAUGUUCCUCAUCACUUUGUAAGAAAUCUCUAAUGUGUUCCUAUUAUACCAUAGUGGGCCUGCUAAGCAUCCCUAUAUCCUAUUGUUUUGGUCCCAGAGUCUCAUCACUUCACCAUUACUUUUGGAGACUUUUGGAAGGGUUGCCAUCUGAUGAAUUCUCUCAAAUCACUCUUGUUGGCACAAGUGUUAGUGCAAAAGGAGUGUCAUUGUGGGAGGAAAAUGAAAUACAAUGUACCCAAAGAAACCUCACAUAGUCAGGGAGGUGACCCCAUACUGUUUCAUGUCUAAUUGGGAACCAAAGAAGCUUAAACAAAUAAACAUGAUGGAUCUUUACAAAUCAGGUAGCAUUUGUCCCAAUGGAGUGGUUUGACCACCUAGUCAGUCAGCCUGUAGAGUACCCGGUGAGCACGAAUCGAGCACGCCUUGUGUGACUGCUCAUGGCUCUAGGUCACUUUCUCUAUAAGAAUAUUAAGCAGUUUUGUAGCAACAUUGUAGGGUUUUUAGGUCACCGGAGACAAAGUCUCAAGUGACCUAUUGCGAUCGCCUUUUGUCCGUCGUCGCCGUCGUGCGUCCGUCGU